AAUAUUGAUUGUAAAACUAUAUAACGAAGCUGAUGUUAAGACUGGAAACUCUCAUAUUAAAGCUUUCUGGAUAAAAAAAAACAUAAGACAUUAAGAUGAAAACUUUGCUUAAAAAAACUGAUAUAACUUGGCGAUAAUUUCAAGAAUUGGAGGAAAAGUAAAUUCAAGUUUGUCGCAUUAAUUUACAAGGUUGGAACAAGAUUGGUACGUUUAUCAAAACUGGAUAAAACAAAAAGAAAAGGUUGUUGAAAUCUCAAUUUAAUCUAAGGUUUACUUCGAAAGUCAACAUUGAUUCUUAAAGCAAUAAUGAAAACAUCGACUGAAUAUUACACAGUCUACAAGGUGCUGCAAUGUUUGACAAUUAUGGUUAUCGUGAUUCUCAACACUGUGGAACCGAAAUACGUGGAAAAAUUUUUUAAACAAUUACCAAAUCCAAGAUGCAUAAAUAGUCGAAUUGGCUUAAAGAAUAAAACGGCUUCUAUCACAGAAUGUGCAUUAUAUUGUAUGUCAGACACCAGAUGUGGUUAUUUUAAUUAUUGCAACGGUAAAUGCAUCCUGUAUAAGAGAUGGUACAGCACCAAACUUGUAGAUUAUGAUUGCGACUGUACAUCUUAUUUGAUGCUCUAUAGAAAAAGUACAGACUGGCAAAAAGUAUUUGUCAUGAGAAAAACUUUUUUUGUAAGAAAUCCUUUUUAUUUACACUGGGACAGCAUGCCUAUUGCAAAGGUCAGACUCAGUUUUAGUAACAUCGAAAAUGUUACUCAAUCAUUAAACUUCAAUGGAACAGACACGAACCAUACAUCUUGGUUUCAGGAAGAUAAACUCUUAUCAACGCCUUGGCGUAAUGGUCCACCGAUGAAGUACAUAUUCAAUGAGGUGAAAUCAUUUCUUAAAAUCGUGAAGAAAGCAAACGAAAAUGAUAUCAAGAUGUUAGCAGAACGUGUUGGUCAUAAACAAUUUUCGAUGUAUUAUAUGGAACAGCAGGGCAAUUCGUUAAUGAAAUUGCAAACCAUGAAUGUCUUCGUGUUAUUCAAGUAGAAUUUGCAUAUAGUUCAUAAAACUGAAUAUACUUUUAUUACCUCUCCUGGCAACUACAUCUGACGCAAGUAUUCCACUGGAACGUACUUUUUUACGUUCUUCAGACUGAUAAAAAUAAUGUGUUUCACGUGGGUAAUUCAACUAAGGAAGGUACCAAAAUGUAGCA